GCUCAAGUCGCCCCAGGCUCUGUGGGCGUUGCGUUCGAAUCAGGGCCAUGACGCGUUUGCUUCUGUGCGCCCUGCCGCUGGCUCUGGCUUUUCCGGUUCCGCCGGAGCAGACUGACGAGCAGACGAGCAUUUUUCAGUCCGCGAGCAAGGCGGCCCAGGCGGCCAGCGACGCCGCCACCCCCAAGGUGCUCGCUUUCUUCGACUCCGCGGAGUUCCGGGCCGAGCUUCGGAGCUGCUGCCCCGAGGCGGCGCGCCAGUCCUCGGCGGAGCUGCUCCGGCGGUACCGCGCGGCGGCGCAGGUGGCGGAGCUCUCGCACGCGCUGCCAGCCCACGCCUUAGCGGACUCGCCCUUUACGGACAUCACUGAGAAGCAGGUAGAGGGGCUGGCCUGGUUCCCCAAUGAGUUCCAGGCGGCCUUGCUGCUCAACAAGAGCACCGCGCAGGGGGCGGGCAUGAUCAACGACCUCGCCCAGAAGGAGCUCUUCGGAUGUCAGCCCUUCGCCCAUGCGGAGCCCACCUGGUCCGAGGCCUCCAGCCGGCUCAUCUACAUCGCGCACAACAUGCGGCGGCUGGACACAGGUUCGAUGCCCUUCUUUGGGGACAUGACGGUGGUCUUCAACAGCGGCCGCCUGAACAAAGCCGUGUUGAUCGCGCCCUACGACACAGGGCUCUUCACCAUGGACUGCCUACUCGAUAAGAAGCCGCACCAGUUCAAGCCGCCGCCCCUGAACUGCAGCGCGUGGCCCAGGGAUGUGCCGGUGGGCACGCUGGAACACUUGGACCACCUGAUCAUUCCCAACUUUGAGGUGCCUUACAACCACAGCGCGACCAACAAGACGAGGAUGGACGGUGUUCGGGUCCUCUUUUCCCGUGGCCUCUCCAAGGUGGCCUACAAGGACGUGCCGGGACUCACUUACGGGGACAUGGGCACGUAUCUGGAGUCCAACAUCCUGGCGAACCCUUCGCUGCCGCACGCAGUGAAGCUGGUCAUCGGGAACUUCCCCACGCUCUUCGGCACCGCCUCGGGGCAAGAGCUGCAGCUCAUGGCGCGCCGCAAGGGCUGGCCCCUGUUCUGGGCCUUUGGGUCGGGCCUCACCACCCAGGACAAGUCGUCGUCGCCAUGGACGGAGAACACGACCUUCAAGAGCAACUUGCGCAUCGCGGACCCGCGGAACAUCGCUGAGUUGACCAACGCUUCGGUGCCCAAGGGAGCGGAGUUCUUCUUUGACACCGUCUGGGACCAGGCGGUGCUUCUGCGCCGCACCCGCAAUGCGACCGCGCUGGAUGCUCAGUUGUGGUGGACUUUGCUGCGGCGCCAGCUGGAGGUGUCGCCUAUGACGGCGGACACCUGCGCCGAUGUCCACGGCUGCGUGGCAGUGACCGAGGAUUCCGACUGCAUUUGCACCACUCCUCCUCCGCCUCCGCCCUCGCUGGCGGCGGUAGUGGUCUAGUGCCAAGGCGCAGCCACGACCGCCACACCCAGACAGCCGCAUGUGCUUGGCAUGGCGCGCUUCUGGGCUUCGGCGUUCCGCUACGUCCAGCUGAGUGACCAAAAGCCGCUUUUGGCCAUAGGUGGUUCUUCUACAAAUCCCCUGCAUGUUAGCAGAACCCUUUGGCCGUCAAUGGGGUGAAACGGGCUCGGCCGGUUCGGCACAACGCCUUGGCAAAAAGGACAGUUUGCGAUGGCACAGGUAUCGACCUAGGCAAAAAUCUGCUUUUUACUCUUUCACCAGGUGAAAGAGUCAAGACG